AAAGGGCUUUGGAUUCACAGGAAACAAGUGUUACACUAGUGGAACAGACAUGCACAAAGCCUACCAGCCACUUAAACCUUCUACUAAUAAGUACCUCCAGAAAAAAUGGGACCAGACAUACUAUGAAGAGCACCGCAGUAAGGUAACUUUGCUGUCAAAAAAUGCAAAAUCAGUUGUUGACACCAAAGGUAUUGAGACACCCUUGCAUGUUCAGCUGAAACUGAAAAAGUUACAGUUACAGGAGGAAAAACUUGCCAUUAUUGAGAGGGACAACCGUCUCCUCUCCUCCAGAUUGGCUGAUAUUAUGCGGUCAAGGGGACUGGUGGACCACAGGAAUUAUUACUCUGAACACAGUCUGAACGCAGAAAGGAGACAAAAAGAAUUUUUGCAAGUGAGUUGUGAAAACCAGGCUAUCCUACAGAGAAUAAGAGCAUGUGAAUCUGAUUACUGCCAACAACGGUGGCAGGAAGACUGGAAGAAUGUAGAGCACCAAAGGGAUGACAUUGCAAGGUACCCACGCAAAUUGGCAAAGAAAAAAAAUACAUAA